CCCAAUUCUGGAAUACACCCCAGUCUUGCCGAAUCCCUCCAGUUUCCAGAACGCACUAACUACGUAACUACAAGCAUGGCAAAAGGACGGAAAAGAACAGCUCCCUCCAAGGGACCCGCAACGGGGUCCGCCCCAGCAAAGGACUUGGACCCGAAAAAGGCGAAGGACAAGGGCGUUCAGAGCGAAAUGCCCAAGAAGUACCGUCUCUUACUCGCCGUCCAGCAGCAUAAGGAGAACAAGAUGAAGAGCAGGAAGGAGGCUGGGAAGGGGAAGGAUGGGAAAACUGGGGCUUCAAAGUUCGCAGAACGAAAAGUCGGCGAAUCCCUCGCAGCCUACAACCGCCGCAUAGACGACAGCGUCCGGUCCUCCGUCAACGCCGCCAUCCAAUCCACUUCCAAAACCCGCGCCAAAAAGAAGGCAUGGCUGUCCACCCGCAAAUCGGGCACCAAAUCGGGCGGCGAAGGCGGCAAGAAGGGCGAUGAAGACUCGGAGGAUGAGCGGGAACGGAUGAAGAGUGUGGAUCAUGUCAAGUUUGGGACCCAAGUUAUGCAGCCGCCGAGUAUCACGGCUGUGCCGAAGAAGAGGGGUGGAAAUGCCGCAGCAAUAGAAGCCCUCCGUAAACUAGAAGCCUCCAAAGCCGAAGUUGCCUCAGAUGCCGCCGACUCCGACCCCGAACCAGCCCCAAAACAAAAGAGCCAACCGACCACCACCUCCGACGACCCCACAACAACAACAACCGUCGGCCGCAAACGCAAACUGAAAACACUACCCGAAGUCGAACGUAUCGCCAUCACCGACGCCCGGGCGAGGGUUAUUGACCAUUACCGCGCGAUGAUGGCGAAGAAGAAGUUGGAGGGUGGGGGCGGGCGGGAGAGGGAGGCGGGGAGCGAUGGGGAAGGGAUGGACGAGGAUUGA